UUCUUUUUAACCAAAUUUCUUUCUCUUUCCCGUAUCUGAACUUUGUCCCCACAAAACUACCAAAACUUUCCCUGUUACUUUGCACAGAGACUGCGUUGUUUUGGGCUAUGCUUAUGGCUUUUUCUUUUAAUUUCUUUUUUGGGUUUGUUUGGUUUGUCUGAGUUUGGUUUAGCUUGGGACAUAUGCGAGUGAAACAGUUGAAUUUUCGUACAUGGUAAUCUUAGAAGAAUAGAAAGUUGAGAGCUUUAGUUCACGGGAAAACUGUUUCCUGGGCUCUUUCUUACAAAUUGAUUCUGGGUUUUUAUCAUAAAAUAUCUUGUCAUUUGCCUUUUUUUAUAUAAUAUUUGUGGGUUUUGGCUGAUUUAACUUCCUCUUUGUUAUUGCUUCAAUCCAUCUUUCAAUCGCUUAAUAGAGUAAAUUACUCUUCUCUUUCUUUCUUUCCUUUUUUUUUUUGUAAAUAAUUUCUGUAUCAUCUUUGAGGGAGUUGUGAGAUUUGGUGCUUUAUGGGAUGGGUGCAGUGGUUCCAGCCAUUCUCCAGCUGGUAAAAUUUUGUGUCAUUGGCUUUUUUUUCACUGUUCAAGGAUCUGCAGGAUACAAUCUUCCUCCUUCUCCAGCUACUUCUACUGUUUCUCCUACAGAAGGAACACCUGCUCCUAUAAGAAGCCCAUUCAGAAGCAAUGUGCCAGGCUCAGAUCCUCAGCCAAAUGGAUCAAAUUUACCUCCUUCAUUCGCAUUACCACCACUAGUGCCUGCCCCUUUGCCACAAGAGAUUAGAGGGUUGGUACCAUCAUAUUCACCUAGCAGUCCGAUAGCAAGGACACCAGAUAAUACGGCUUCUUUACCAUUAACUUCUGAAGGACAUGGGCCGUUACUGUCACCAAGUAUUCCCAUUUUAUCACCAGCAUAUAGUACUGUGCCUCCACCCUUAAUUGCUGGAGGACAUGAAGCGCUUAUGCCAUCAAAUGCUUCUCAAGGAAACAAAUCAAUUACACAUGCUCCUGUUUCUGUGCCAGCUACAGGUCCUUCAAAGAAUUUGUCUGAAGAUCCACCAAUCGUCCAUCCAAGUUCACCUGCAAUUUCUCCAAUAAUCCAGCCAAGUGCACCUCAAAUUUUGCCGCCUAGUACUCAACGUAGUAAGAAGAAUUUGUUUGAUGAUUUGCCAAUCAUUCAUCCAAGUUCACCUGCAACUUCUCCAAUAAUCCAGCCAAGUGCACCUGAAAUUUUGCCACCUAGUACUCAUCAUAGUAAGAAGAAUUUUUCUGAUGAUUUGCCAGUCAUUCAUCCAAGUUCACCUGCAACUUCUCCAAUAAUCCAGCCAAGUGCACCUGAAAUUUUGCCGCCUAGUAAUCAUCAUAGUAAGAAGAAUUUGUCUGAUGAUUUGCCAAUCAUUCAUCCUAGUUCACCUGCAACUUCUCCAAUCAUCCGGCCAAGUGCACCUGAAAUUUUGCCCCCUAGCACUCAUCAUAGUAAGAAGAAUUUGUCUGAUGAUUUGCCGAUCAUUCAUCCAAGUUCACCUGCAACUUCUCCAAUAAUCCAGCCAAGUGCACCUGAAAUUUUGCCGCCUAGCACUCAUCAUAGUAAGAAGAAUUUGUCUGAUGACUUGCCAAUCAUUCAUCCAAGUUCACCUGCAACUUCUCCAAUAAUCCAGCCAAGUGCACCUGAAAUUUUGCCGCCUAGCACUCAUCAUAGUAAGAAGAAUUUGUCUGAUGACUUGCCAAUCAUUCAUCCAAGUUCACCUGCAACUUCUCCAAUAAUCCAGCCAAGUGCACCUGAAAUUUUGCCACGUAGCACUCAUCAUAGUAAGAAGAAUUUGUCUGAUGAGUUGCCGAUCAUUCAUCCAAGUUCACCUGCAACUUCUCCAAUAAUCCAGCCGAGUGCACCUGAAAUUUUGCCGCCUAGCACUCAUCAUAGUAAGAAGAAUUUGUCUGAUGAGUUGCCGAUCAUUCAUCCAAGUUCACCUGCAACUUCUCCAAUAAUCCAGCCGAGUGCACCUGAAAUUUUGCCGCCUAGCACUCAUCAUAGUAAGAAGAAUUUGUCUGAUGAGUUGCCGAUCAUUCAUCCAAGUUCACCUGCAACUUCUCCAAUAAUCCAGCCAAGUGCACCUGAAAUUUUGCCGCCUAGCACUCAUCAUAGUAAGAAGAAUUUGUCUGAUGAGUUGCCGAUCAUUCAUCCAAGUUCACCUGCAACUUCUCCAAUAAUCCAGCCAAGUGCACCUGAAAUUUUGCCGCCUAGCACUCAUCAUGUUAAGAAGAAUUUGUCUGAUGAUUUGCCUAUCAUUCAUCCAAGUUCACCUGCAACUUCUCCAAUAAUCCAGCCAAGUGCACCUGAAAUUUUGCCGCCUAAUACUCAUCAUAGUAAGAAGAAUUCGCUUGAUAAUUUACCAACCGUCCAUUCAAGUUCACCUGCAAUUUCUCCAAUAGUCCAGCCAGGUGCACGUGAAAUUUUGCCACCUAGUACUCAUCAUAGUAAGAAGAAUUUCUCUGAUGAUUUGCCAAUCAUUCAUCCAAGUUCACCUGCAACUUCUCCAAUAAUCCAGCCAGGUGCACCUGAAAUUUUGCCGCCUAGUACUCAUCAUAGUAAGAAGAAUUUGCCUGAUGAUUUGCCAAUCAUUCAUCCAAGUUCGCCUGCAAUUUCUCCAAUAAUCCAGCCAAGUGCACAUGAAAUUUUGCCACCUAGUAUUCAUCAUGGUAAGGAGAAUUUUCCUGAGGGUUCACCAAUCUUCCAUCCAAGUUCACCUGCAACUUCCCCAAUCAUCCACCCAAGUGCACCUGAAAUUUCACCACCUAGUACUCAUCAUAGUAAGAGGAAUUUGCCUGACGAUUCACCGAUCAUCCGUCCAAGUUCACCUGCAACUUCCCCAAUCAUCCACCCAAGUGCACCUCAAGUUUCGCCACCUAGUACUCAUCAUAGUUAUACAUCAUUUACUGGGGCUCCUGUACCAAAAUCAGUUGCACCAGGUCCUGAUAUCUCUCAUGCAUCAACUCCUCUCCCAAGCAUUGGCUGGAAAAAGAAUGGAAUUCCUGUUGGUGCACCACCAGAUGAAUCAACUCCUCUCCCAAGCAUUGGCCGGAAAAAAGACGGAAUUCCUGUUGCUGCACCACCAGAUGAAACAUUGAAAGCUUUACCACCUGCAAACCAUUCCCCAGCCAGAGGUUCCUUUUCUUUUCUGGCUCCUUCAACACACAAAGCCGUAAGACAAUCCAAUGAUGCUUCUGUUCCAUCUUUAUCAUCUCCUACACCUAUAAAUAAAGAGCACCACUCUCCUGCAUCUUCACCUUCUAUCCCAUUUCAUUGGUGGAAACAUGCAAGGACCAAAGUUAAUAGCCCUGCUCCUUCAUUGUCUCCUCUCUCUUCAAAACAGCGAGGUCCAGUUAUCUCUCCGUCAUUUCUUCCAACAAAUAGGCGAACACACUAUGCUUCUCCACCCCUUAGUCCAGGAUCUUCAGCUUCUGCAUCACAUUAUCCCAUUUCUACACCAGUUACCAAUGUCUCUCCUGCUCCUUCACCGUCUCCAACAGUGGCAUCUGGCUGGACCAGAAUGCCUGUUCUUCCCCCAAGAGUUUCUCCAUCUGGGUCUUCAUCAUUGAGUCCUCCUCUUCCCCACCCAGUUCAAGCAUUGCCACCUCCACCUCCUAAUGAAGAUUGCUCAGCAAUUGUUUGCGUGGAGCCAUAUGCAAAUACUCCACCUGGAUCUCCAUGUGGAUGUGUCUUACCCAUGCAAGUGGGACUGCAACUCACUGUUGCAUUGUACACCUUUUUCCCUUUGGUUUCAGAGCUUGCUCAGGAAAUUGCUGCUGGUGUUUUUAUGAAACAAAGUCAAGUUCGAAUUAUGGGAGCCAAUGCUGCCAGCCAGCAACCAGAGAAGACAAUUGUCCUGAUUGACUUGGUUCCACUGGGAAAAAGAUUUGAUAACACAACUGCCUUUUUGACUUAUCAGAGAUUCUGGCAUAAAAAAGUUGCAAUAAAAUCAUCAUUUUUUGGUGACUAUGAAGUACUUUAUGUGCGGUAUCCAGGUUUACCCCCAUCUCCACCUUCAGCAUCUUCUGGCAUUACUAUAAUAGAUAAUGGGCCAUAUUCUGGCAAUGACAAUAAUGCAAGGGCAAUAAAGCCCCUAGGGGUUGAUGUACGGAGAAGGCAGCAAAAAGAUGGGCUUGGUGGUGGCAUAGUUGCUAUUAUUGCUCUGUCAGCUUCUGUAGCACUAAUUUUAUGCUCUGCUGUUGCUUGGGUUUUGCUGGUUAGGCAUAGAGGCCGCACAAGUCAAUCAACACCAACUCUGCGUCCUUUGCCACCUUCAAUUGCAAAACCAUCAGGUACAACUGCAUCGAUGGUUGGAAGUGGUCUCAGUUCUGCUUCCUUGUCAUUUGGUUCUAGUAUUGCACCUUAUGCAGGAUCAGCCAAGACUUUCAGCACAAUUGACAUAGAAAGAGCUACGAAUAACUUUGAUGCUUCAAGAAUACUUGGUGAAGGUGGCUUUGGGCUUGUUUACAGUGGUACUCUUGAAGAUGGGACCAAAGUGGCAGUAAAAGUUCUGAAAAGGGAUGAUCGGCAAGGUGACCGUGAAUUCUUGGCAGAGGUCGAAAUGCUUAGCCGUCUUCAUCACAGAAAUCUGGUCAAGUUGAUUGGUAUAUGUACAGAGGAGCGUGCCCGCUGCUUGGUAUAUGAACUUAUACCAAAUGGCAGUGUGGAGUCUCAUUUGCAUGGGGCGGAUAAGGAACCUUCUCCACUUGAUUGGGAUGCACGGAUCAAGAUAGCACUCGGUGCCGCUCGAGGUCUAGCUUAUCUACAUGAGGAUUCAAGUCCCCGUGUUAUACACAGGGACUUUAAGGCUAGCAACAUCUUGUUGGAACAUGAUUUCACACCAAAGGUGUCCGACUUUGGUCUGGCCCGAACAGCCUUGGAUGAGGAGAACAGACACAUAUCAACCCGUGUAAUGGGAACUUUUGGGUAUGUGGCUCCUGAGUAUGCAAUGACUGGUCAUCUUCUUGUAAAGAGUGAUGUAUAUAGCUAUGGUGUAGUCCUUCUGGAGCUCUUAACUGGAAGAAAACCAGUUGACAUGUCGCAGCCACCUGGUCAAGAGAAUCUAGUUGCAUGGGCCCGUCCACUUUUAACCAGCAGAGAAGGGCUGGAAAUGAUUAUCGAUACAUCUCUAGGACCUGACAUCCCUUUUGACAGUGUAGCCAAAGUAGCAGCUAUUGCUUCAAUGUGCGUGCAACCGGAGGUAUCGCACCGUCCUUUUAUGGGGGAGGUUGUGCAGGCCUUAAAACUAGUAUGCAACGAGUGUGAUGAGGCAAAAGAAGUAGGUUCAGAAAGUUCCAGCCGGGAUUUAUCUGUGGAUAUGGAUGCUGGAGUCUCUGCAGCCUCAGGACAUCUGCAGGAUCCUUUCCAAAAUGAAACUACAGUACCGGACUAUGAUUCUGAGCCGGACAUAGAGAGGGGAAUAUCAAUGUCAGGUUUGUUCAGUACGUCAGUUAGAUAUGGGAGUCAGGCAUCAGGAUCAUUUAGGAGGUACUCGAGCUCGGGUCCAUUGAGAACAGGGAGGGGCAGACAGUUGUGGCAGAGAAUGAGGAGAUUGGCAGGUGAAAGUGCGAGUGAACACGAGGUUAUCUUCAAACAAUGGCCAGGUUCACAUUGACGAUUAGAACAUAAUUUUUGUGAAUACUGAUACCCAAUUUUUCGAGUUUCAAAAUCUUAGCUUCAACCAUGGAUCUAGUCUCCCAUGGAAACAAAGAAUAGCUUCCAUCAAAAGUACAAGUUAUUAACCAGGAAUGCGGGAACUCGAAGCUGUGCCUACUCGGCAAGUGGCUAGCAGGAAUAGAUCAUGGAAGGCAUUCUAAUGGACAAGAAAAAUUAGCAGGGUCCUCCAACUGUGGAAAUUUGAAGCCAUGACUGUAGAUAAGUGCAUGAUUCUUGAUUCUUGAUUCUUGAUGAUAUGAUACUGAAUCGGAUGUGCUGGCAAGCUUACAGGAGACAGUCUCAUAGAAUGCUUUCAUGUUCUACACUACAUUGUACUUUCUGAGUUCUCUGGUAAUAAAACAAUUGAGGUGAAUCUUGAUGCAGCAUGAAAAAUGGGGGGGAUCCCUGCAUAUGUAUUUAUAGAGAAAAUGGAAUUCCCAUGUUACUGAUAUAUAGAACUUUUUUCAUUUCUCAUGAAAAUGCACCUAUGCCCUGUUCUCUGAGAGC